UUUUUCCCGGUUACAGCUACACCGCAACCGUCUCUCUCCGCCGUCUUCUCUCUUCUUCUCCGACUGUGUAGAAUCUGGGCGGCGAAUUUGGAGACGAGAGAGAGAGGAGGGAGAUUAGUUUGUAAUGGCGAUCGAUAAAGGUAAGAUACAAGAAGAAGAAGCUUCAGCUGUUACUCGUUUCUAUAACAUUAUUUUGGGUUGGGACUAUAAACAGCUUACAAAAGAGACUGAGAGGAAAAAUAGAAAGGAUUCUAAAGAGAAGUUGAAUGUUGUAAAGAAUACUUAUAAAGAUGUUGAUGAUUAUUUUGAGACUUUUGAACCACUUCUCUUUGAGGAAGUUAAAGCUCAAAUUUUGCAGAAUCAAGACGGUGAAGAAGCAUCGGUGUGUAAAAUGAGAUUGGUAAUGGAAUGCAGCGAGGGUGAAGGGUUUCACUUUUUGCUUGUCACGUACGAACAUGAAGAGGAUGAAUAUCUUGCUCAAAAUGAUCUUUUAUUGUUGUCAAAAGAAGAGGUUAAAGGGAAUUCAUUUCCUUCAUCUUAUGGGUUUGCUGUAGUGGAACAUCGUCAAAGUAAUCUUCUUCGUCUUCGGAUGUAUUUGGCUGAAGACAUAGUGAAGAUAACCAGAAAUAGUAAAUCCACUAGAACAAAGUCAUUUAUCCAAGCUCUCUCAAAUAUGCGUUCUCUUAUUACAUCAUCUGCCAGCCCUAUCGACAAAAGGGUAUUCAGUUUAAAGUUAUGUGGUUUAUCAACCAUUAUUCGGGAAUAUAUAGCACUACGAUCGGUCAGUUCGCUCCCUUUCAAGGAUUUAAUCUUUACUGCAGCAGAAAAAUCUUGUGGUUUUGGAGAUGAAGCAUGGAAAAUAUCUGGACCUCUGCAUAAUUUUUUUAACGAAAAUCUUAACAAAUCACAAAAGGAGGCAAUUGAUGUUGGUCUAUCAAGGAAAUCCUUCGUGUUAAUACAGGGUCCUCCAGGUACGGGGAAAACACAGACAAUUCUUAGCAUUCUUGGAGCUAUUAUGCAUGCCACUCCAGCAAGAGUCCAGUCUAAGGGUACGAUGCAAGAAGUGAAGCGUGGAAUUCAGAUGACCAUCGAGGAGAAAUACAAUCAAUGGGGACGAGCUUCUCCUUGGAUUUUGGGUGUCAACCCUCGAGAUGCUAUUAUGCCUGAAGAUGGUGAUGAUGGCUUUUUUCCAACCUCAGGAAAUGAAUUGAAACCAGAGGUGGUUAAUGCCAGUCGGAAGUACAGAUUACGUGUACUUGUCUGUGCUCCAUCAAACUCGGCACUUGAUGAAAUUGUAUUGCGGCUUCUGACUACAGGUCUUCGUGAUGAAAACGCCCAGACAUACUCACCCAAAAUAGUUCGAAUUGGUCUCAAGGCACAUCACUCCGUUGCGUCAGUAUCGCUGGAUCACCUUGUGUCACAAAAGCGUGGCUCUUCCAUUGAUAAACCAAAACAAGGAACCACAGGAACUGAUAUAGAUAGUAUGCGCACUGCAAUUUUGGAAGAGGCUGCAAUUGUGUUCGCUACCCUUAGCUUCAGUGGCUCUGCACUUCUUGCUAAAUCUAACCGUGGCUUUGAUGUCGUUAUUAUCGAUGAAGCUGCACAAGCUGUUGAGCCCGCAACUCUUAUCCCUUUGGCCACUAGGUGCAAACAAGUGUUUCUGGUAGGGGAUCCAAAACAACUCCCAGCUACUGUAAUCUCAACUGUUGCUCAAGAUUCUGGAUAUGGCACAAGCAUGUUCGAGAGACUUCAAAAGGCUGGCUAUCCAGUGAAAAUGUUGAAGACCCAAUACCGGAUGCAUCCAGAGAUAAGAAGCUUUCCUUCAAAGCAAUUCUAUGAAGAGGCACUGGAAGAUGGAGCUGACAUUGAAGCUCAGACAACCCGGGACUGGCAUAAAUACCGUUGCUUUGGUCCAUUUUGCUUUUUCGAUAUACAUGAAGGGAAAGAGUCUCAACAUCCAGGAGCAACUGGUUCUCGGGUAAAUCUAGACGAGGUGGAAUUUGUUCUUCUCAUCUACCACAGACUUGUAACCAUGUACCCGGAGCUGAAGUCAAGUUCUCAGCUAGCUAUUAUAUCGCCGUAUAACUACCAAGUCAAAACUUUCAAAGAUCGGUUUAAGGAGAUGUUUGGUGCCGAGGCAGAAAAGGUGGUUGAUAUUAACACUGUUGAUGGGUUCCAGGGAAGGGAGAAGGAUGUUGCAAUAUUCUCAUGCGUCAGAGCUAAUGAUAAAGGACAGAUUGGGUUUCUCUCUAAUUCACGGCGGAUGAAUGUGGGGAUUACACGAGCUAAGUCUUCAGUAUUGGUCGUUGGUUCAGCUGCAACAUUGAAGAGCGAUCCGCUAUGGAAAAACCUUAUCGAAAGUGCUGAGAAAAGAAACCGAUUAUUCAAGGUAUCAAAGCCACUGAACUCUUUCUUUAGUGAGGGGAAUCUGGAGAAAAUGAAAGUGACAGCAGACAUGGAGAUUCCUGACGCACUGUUGGAUGAAGACGAAGCUCUUCCGGUGGCACCCUAUGGUGGAGAUGAUGACUUUGGAGAUGCUGAUCAAGACGAUGCACCCAUGGCCGAAGAAGACUAAACACCAAAAACCUCUGUUAUUAGUUAUAGCCUCUAAGCUAGAGGACACUUCUAUGAACAUCUAACAAUAGAUUUGUUUUAAUUAUUUGUAUGAUUCUUUUUGGUUUACAUAAUAAGAAUAUCUUUUACUUGUGCUACAA